AUGUCUCCCGGAAUGUCCCUUUUCUCGGUGCAGGCCGUUCUCAUCUUGAGUACGGAUGACGGCUCGCGCAUCUUUUCCAAGUACUAUUCCGCCCCGCAUACUGCGCCGAACGGUGAGACCCUCCUUCCCCCUUUCCCCCAAACUUCCGGUCAUGCUCAGGGUAACCCUUACUCCGACUCCAAGUCGCAAAAGGCCUUUGAGAAGGGUCUGAUCGACAAGACGGCCAAGCAGACGGGCGACAUCAUCCUGUACGACAACCGCAUUGUCCUGUACAAGCUCGAGUCCGAUGUCAUGAUCUAUGUUGUCGGAAGCGUCGAUGAGAAUGAGGUUCUGCUCUACAACACAAUCCUAGCCCUUAGGGACUCGCUACAUCUGCUGUUCAAGCAAUCCGUCGACAAGCGAACCAUCAUCGAAAACUACGAUCUUGUUUCCCUCGCCAUUGAUGAGAUCGUCGACGAUGGCAUCAUCCUCGAGACGGACCCCACCAUCAUCGUCCAGAGGGUCAGCAAGGCUCCCAGCCAAGACCUGCCCACCGGUCGCAUCGAUCUUAGCGAGCAGGGCGUAAACAACCUUGCCCAGCUGGGUAAAUCCAAGCUGGCCGACUGGUUGCGACAGGGACUGUAG